CUCUCGGGAGCCGAUACCCCCUGCCCUGUCCUCCGGGCACCUUCCAGCCAUACCCAGGGAUGUCUUCACUGGAGUCCUGUUUGCCUUGUCCUGCUGGGAAGUUCUGUAGCGGAGAAGCUUUAUCACGUAUCUCAGGAUUUUAUCAAGACCUGGAGAGAGAAUCCAGCUGUAAAGUCUGCCCUGCAGGCUACUAUUGUGACACAUCAGGUGUUGGUGGAGUUGUCUUCCCCCAGUCGUGUCCUGCUGGUUACGUCUGCCCACGAGGGAGUCAGUCUGGGACAGAACAGAGAUGCCCACGUGGCACCUACAGCUCAAGUGGGCAGCUGUCCGCAGAAGAAGAGUGCCGAUCCUGUCCUUUUGGUCACUACUGUGCAGAGGAGGGUCUAACUGAACCGUCCGGUCGCUGUCUGCAGGGUUACUGGUGCAUCAGGAGAGCAGAGACUGCAAACCCGACAGAUAGUGUGACUGGGGAUGUAUGUCCAGCUGGCAAGUUCUGUGAGAAUGGAGAAAUCUCAGGUGAGGAUUCGGGCUGGGUUACAGGAGAUACCUGUCUCUGGGGAGGAGUCACCACAGCAGCUUCAGGGCUACAUAUAGGACCAGCAGCUCGAUGCUCAGGCACAGGGAUCUGGAAGGCUUUCCUGACCUGCCAAAAGAUGUCAAUGUACGGCGAGGACUGCAGCUAACACAGGCUCCUGGUUGGGACAACCACAACCUCUUAAGCUCUUGCAUUUAUCUACCUACUGGUGCCCACUUUGCUGACUUGGUAUUAUUACCUGUCUCGGUGCCUUUGUGACCUUAUUCCAGACGUGAGCAGCUGGUUUCUGCAACAAAACAAAAUAAGAAAAGAAAUGGCAACCGAGGCGACUCCUGAUGUUUACAGUACAGCGAUUAUAGGAACAAAGGACAUGGACAAUGCGGAGAAGGUAAAGGAGGAAGACCUGGGUCCAGAAGGGAAGAAGAAUAAGAAACAGAAGAAGAAAGACAAGAAGGUUGAUGACCUGAAACAAGAACUUGAGCUGGAAGACCAUAAACUUGACACUGAACAACUGGAAGACAAAUAUGAAACAAGCGUGCUCAAAGGUCUCACCCAUGCAAAAGCUGCAGAGGUUCUGGCUCGUGAUGGUCCCAACACACUAACUCCCCCUAAAGGCACCCCGGAAAUUGUGAAGUUCAUGAAGCAGAUGAUUGGCGGCUUCUCCCUCUUGCUGUGGGCCGGUGCAGUACUCUGCUGGAUCGCAUAUGGAAUUCAGUACUCUCAGGACAAUAAUGUAGCCCGGGACAAUCUUUACCUUGGUGUUGUUCUGGCCGUGGUUGUCUUCCUCACUGGCUGUUUCGCCUAUUUCCAAGAGGCUAAAAGCACCAACAUUAUGGCGAGCUUCAAUCAGAUGAUCCCACAGCAAGCUAUUGUGAUUCGGGAAGGAGAAAAACUAGAGGUCCCAGCCACGGAACUUGUUGUGGGAGAUCUGGUGGAUAUCAAAGGUGGAGAUCGAAUCCCAGCAGAUAUCAGGAUUGUAUAUGCUCAAGGCUGCAAGGUGGACAACUCCUCUCUAACUGGUGAGUCUGAGGCUCAAUCUCGAUCCAGUGAAUAUACACACGAAAACCCUCUUGAGACUAAAAACAUCGCCUUCUACUCUACCUUCUGCCUGGAAGGAACAGCAAAAGGUUUUGUAAUAAACACUGGUGACAGGACGAUUAUUGGUCGGAUUGCUUCAUUGGCCUCUGGAGUUGGUAAUGAAAAGACCCCCAUCGCUGUGGAGAUUGAACACUUUGUGCACAUUGUGGCCGCCGUGGCUUGUUCAGUCGGAGUUCUGUUCUUCAUCAUUGCUAUGUGUAUGGGAUACUCAGUUCUCAAUUCCAUCAUCUUCCUCAUUGGCAUCAUUGUGGCCAACGUGCCUGAGGGGCUUCUCGCCACUGUCACAGUAACACUCUCUUUAACUGCAAAGCGAAUGGCAAAGAAGAAUUGUCUUGUGAAGAACUUAGAGGCUGUGGAGACACUUGGUUCUACUGCCGUCAUCUGUUCAGACAAAACCGGAACCCUGACACAGAACAGAAUGACUGUAGCUCACCUCUGGUUUGACGAUCAGACACAUUCGGCAGACACGAGUGAAGAUCAAUCACAUCACACUUUUGAGCAAAUAUCGGAAACAUGGAAGGCCUUGUGCAAGAUUGUGUCUUUGUGUAACCGCGCUGAGUUCAAGGCUGGACAGGAAGAUGUGCCGAUCAUGAAGAAAGUUGUAGUUGGAGAUGCCUCGGAGUCAGCCCUGUUAAAAUUCUCAGAGGUGAUCAAUGGAAAUGUGAUGCAGAUCCGGGCUCAGAACAAGAAAAUCUGUGAAGUCCCCUUCAAUUCCACUAACAAGUUCCAGCUCUCAGUACACGAGACCGAUGACCCUGAAGACCCCAGAUUACUGCUGGUCAUGAAAGGUGCCCCGGAAAGAAUAUUAGACAGAUGCUCCACCAUUAUGCUCACAGGCAAGGAGCUGCCACUGGAUGAGAACAUGAAGGAAGCCUUCCAGUCAGCUUACAUGGAGCUUGGAGGACUCGGAGAGAGAGUAUUGGGAUUCUGCCAUCUGUAUCUCCCGGCAGAUCAAUAUCCUCCAUCCUUUGAAUUUGACACAGAAUCCAUGAAUUUUCCAACCACAAACCUCUGCUUUAUUGGACUCAUGUCCAUGAUCGAUCCUCCCCGCUCAACCGUGCCAGAUGCUGUGGCCAAAUGUCGUUCUGCAGGAAUUAAGGUCAUCAUGGUAACUGGAGACCACCCAAUAACAGCAAAGGCUAUAGCUAAAAGCGUCGGUAUCAUUUCAGCAACCAGUGAAACAGUGGAGGAUAUUGCCAAACGCCUGAACAUUUCUGUGGAGCAGGUCAACAAGCGUGAUGCAAAGGCGGCCGUGGUGAAUGGUGGAGAGCUGAAGGAUAUGACUUCAGAAGACUUGGAUGACAUUCUGACCAAUCAUUCAGAGAUUGUGUUUGCCCGGACGUCCCCUCAGCAGAAGCUGAUCAUAGUGGAAGGCUGUCAGAGACAAAACUUUGUGGUCGCUGUGACUGGCGAUGGUGUCAAUGACUCUCCGGCUCUGAAGAAAGCGGACAUUGGCAUUGCCAUGGGUAUUGCUGGUUCAGAUGCUGCCAAAAAUGCCGCAGACAUGAUCUUGCUGGAUGAUAACUUUGCUUCUAUCGUCACCGGAGUAGAAGAAGGUCGUUUAAUUUUUGAUAAUAUUAAGAAGUCAAUUGGCUACACCCUGACCAAGAACAUUGCUGAGCUUUGCCCAUUCCUGAUCUACAUCAUUGCUGACAUCCCACUCCCUCUGGGUACCAUCACCAUCCUGUUCAUUGACUUGGGCACUGACAUUAUCCCAUCAGUUUCAUUUGCCUAUGAGAAGGCGGAGAGAGACAUUAUGAACAAGAAGCCUCGCAGGAAGAAUGUGGACAGACUGGUGAACCAGCAGCUGGCGCUCUAUGCCUACAUUCAGAUCGGGAUUAUUCAGUCUGUUGGAGCCUUUCUGACUUACUUCACUGUGCUGGCCGAACAAGGGUUUCUGCCUCAUACAGUAUUGGGCCUUCGUGUUCCCUGGGAAAACCCCAACAUUCAGGAUCUGCAGGACAGUUAUGGACAAGAAUGGACGUUACGUCAGAGGCAGUUUCUGGAGUGGACCGUGUAUACGGCUUUCUUUAUUAGUAUUGUUGUGGAACAGUUGGCGGAUCUUAUCAUCCGGAAGACCAGGAGAAACUCCGUUUUUCAACAAGGUCUUUUCGGUAACAAAGUUCUCCUGUUCGGUUUGGCAUCACAAAUUCUCAUUGGAGCAUUUCUUUCUUAUUGCCCCGGGAUGCCAGAUGCCUUGAAGUUUUGUCCAUUAAGGGCUCAGUACUGGUUUGUGGCCAUUCCAUUUGUAGUUCUGAUCUUUAUAUAUGAUGAAAUCCGGAAAUUGUUCAUCAGGCGCUAUCCUGGCAGCUGGUGGGACAAGAACAUGUAUUACUGAGGUGGCUGGACCGCUUCGGACCUUCCCAAGUGUUAUGGAUGUUAUUUUUUUAUACCUUUCCUGUUUGUCGAACAAAUCGGGAAGAUCAAACUUGUAUUGUAUUGUAAAUGUUAUGUAUAAAGUUAUAUAAAAUAAAACUAUUUUAACAAAAAAAAGCAUCAUGUAAAAAGUGGAGUGUUUUCCCAUUAGUCGGAGUAUUGAAGCUGUGGAUUUCCUUUAUAGAUGGAGCUUUUUUAAACCAAAAGCUG